GAGACACAGGGGUUGGAUGGACGAGCCAUCAGUCAUAUUCCACACACUUGUACAGUUGGGAGCUGCUUAGAAAAAAGGGAUUGGAUUCCCAGCCCCCUCCCAAAAAAAUAAAAAAUAUGUCAUAGCAAAAAUAUAAAUAUUUACAGCAUAUUAUUGUUAGCAAGCCGCUGCAGAUGCAAGACAUUGCGACAGAGCCGUGGACGACACUGAACAACAAGCCGCUGCCAACCCCAAGUGGAAAGUACAGAUUUGUUUCGGAUUAAAAUAAAUGGGACCGGCUGGGCCUCGAUUCUGAAAGCAAGGGACCCUGCGUUGCCUCCAAUCAUAACAAGUACAGCAGAUCUAGAACAAUGCAGGAUUUACUUUGAUUGUGCACGUCCGAGAUGUUCUUUUCUCGCCACGUCUAGAUACACCCUUUCCCCCCAGUUCUCGUAAGGCUUUGCGCUCAUCGGGUCUUUUCGUGCAAGUGGAAUUGUCGCGGUUCUUGUUGCUGAAACAUGUCAGCGAAGGUGAGGCUGAAGAAGUUGGAGCAACUUCUCUUGGAUGGUCAUUUGAAGAAUGAAAGUUCUCUCAGCGUAGAGACGCUCUUGGAUAUUUUGAUCUGUUUGUAUAACGAAUGCAGCAAUUCGCCCCUCAGAAGAGAGAAGAAUGUGUCCGAGUUUCUGGAAUGGGUGAAACCUUUCACAACCGCAGUGAAGGAGAUGAGACUCCAUAGAGAUGACUUUGAAAUGUUGAAGGUUAUUGGCAGAGGAGCAUUCGGCGAGGUUGCAGUUGUGAAAAUGAAGAACACAGAGCGGGUCUAUGCAAUGAAAAUCCUGAACAAAUGGGAAAUGCUGAAACGAGCUGAAACUGCCUGUUUUCGUGAGGAGCGCAAUGUUUUAGUGAAUGGAGAUUGCCAGUGGAUCACCACGUUGCACUAUGCCUUCCAGGAUGAUAACUAUUUGUAUUUAGUGAUGGAUUACUACGUCGGAGGAGACCUGCUGACAUUACUCAGCAAGUUUGAAGAUCGGCUGCCUGAAGACAUGGCCAAGUUUUACCUGGCAGAAAUGGUUCUGGCCAUUCAUUCCAUUCACCAGCAUCAUUAUGUGCACAGAGAUAUAAAGCCAGAUAACGUUCUUCUUGAUAUGAACGGGCAUAUCCGCCUGGCUGAUUUUGGCUCCUGCUUGAAGAUGAUGGAUGAUGGGACAGUGAAGUCCUCGGUGGCGGUGGGCACUCCUGACUACAUCUCCCCGGAGAUCCUGCAGGCUAUGGAAGACGGGAUGGGGAAGUACGGGCCGGAGUGUGACUGGUGGUCUCUGGGCGUGUGCAUGUAUGAAAUGCUUUAUGGAGAGACUCCGUUCUACGCAGAGUCGCUAGUAGAAACAUAUGGGAAGAUUAUGAAUCAUGAAGAGCGCUUCCAGUUCCCAUCUCACAUCCCUGACGUCUCCGAGGAGGCCAAGGACCUGAUCCAGAGGCUCAUCUGCAGCAGGGAGCGGCGGCUGGGCCAGAACGGGAUGGAAGACUUCAAGCAGCACCCCUUCUUCGCUGGGAUUGACUGGGACAACAUUCGAAACACAGAGGCCCCCUACAUCCCGGACGUCAGCAGCCCCUCGGACACAUCCAACUUCGACGUGGACGACGACGUUCUGAAGAACCCGGAUGUCGUGCCACCAGGGUCUCAUACUGGCUUUACUGGACUACACUUACCCUUUGUAGGUUUUACAUACACCACUGAAAGCUGCUUCUCUGACAGAGGCUGUUUAAGGAGAGUCCUGCACUGGGACGGUGCCGAUUCGGAGGGGGGCGUGCAGAGAGGCCUGGGGAACAGCGUGCAGGUGGAGGGGUACGAGAGGAGGAUCAGGAGGCUGGAGCAGGAGAAGCUGGAGCUCAGCCGCAAACUGCAAGAAUCUUCACAAGCUGUACAGUCGCUUCACGGCUCAAGCCGAGGAUUAGGAACUGCAAAUAGAGAUAAGGAAAUGAAGAAACUUAAUGAAGAAAUAGAGAGACUGAAGAAGAAAUUAGCAGAUUCCGACCGGCUGGAACAUCGGCUAGAGGAAGCCGUAACUCUUCGGCAGGAAUUCGAAAGCUCUUCGGGGAAGAUGAAAGCGCUUGACAAGCAGGUCAAAGCACUGAAACAGGAGAAAGAAGAGAUUCACAAGCAACUCGUGGAAUCCUUAGAGAGGCUGAAGUCUCAGACCAAGGAGCUGAAGGACGCCCACCAGCAGAGGAAGCUGGCCAUGCAGGAGUUCUCAGAGCUGAACGAGCGGAUGGCUGAGCUGCGCUCUCACAAGCAGAAGCUCUCGCGCCAUCUGCGUGACAAGGAGGAGGAGAUGGAGGUGGUCACGCAGAAAACCGACUCCAUGAGGCAGGAGAUCCGCAGGACAGAGAAGGCCCGAAAAGAGCUGGAAGCUCAGCUUGAAGACGCCACAGCCAAGGCAUCAAAGGAGCGCAAGUUGCGAGAGCACAGCGACAGCUACGCUAAACAGCUGGAGAGCGAGCUCGAGGCACUCAAGGUGAAGCAGGGGGGUCGGCUGGCUGGAGUGAAUCUGCACACACAGCAGGAGCUAUGCAAGAUCCGCUCAGAGCUGGAUAAGAAGAUCCUGUUCUAUGAGGAGGAGCUGGUGAGACGGGAGACCUCCCACAGCACGGAGUUGAAGAACCUGAGGAAGGAGCUGCAGGACUCGGAGGGGCAGCAGCUCACCCUGAACAAAGAGCUCCUGAUGCUGAAGGACAAGCUGGAGAAGGCAAGAAGGGACAGGCAAAGCGAGAUGGAGGAGGCUGUUGGGACAUUGAAAGACAAGUAUGAGAUGGAGCGGACCUUGCUGACUGAAGAUAACAAGAAAUUAACAAGCGAGACGGACAGGCUCUGCUCAUUUGUGGAUAAGCUGACUGCCCAGAAUAGGCAGCUGGAAGACGAGCUUCAGGACCUGGCCGCUAAGAAGGAGUCAGUCGCCCAUUGGGAAGCUCAGAUUGCAGAGAUCAUACAGUGGGUGAGUGAUGAGAAGGAUGCCAGGGGAUACCUGCAAGCUUUAACCUCUAAGAUGACAGAGGAGCUGGAAUCACUGCGCAGCUCUAAUCUGGGCUCCAGAACUCUGGACCCCCUUUGGAAAGUCCGGCGCAGCCAGAAGCUUGACAUGUCUGCCCGGCUGGAGCUGCAGUCUGCUCUGGAUGCAGAGAUUCGUGCCAAACAGCUGGUACAGGAAGAGUUGAGAAAUGUCAAAGCUGCCAACAUCUCCUUCGAGAGCAAACUGAAGGAGUCUGAGGCAAGGAGUCGGGAGAUGCAGGAGAAGCUGGAGAUUAUGAAGAAGGAUCUGGAGGAGAGCAGGACAGACAAAGGGUUGAAGCUCCCGGACUUUCAGGACUCCAUCUUCGAAUACUUCAACACUUCUCCUCUUGCUCAUGACUUAACAUUCAGAGAUUCUGUCUCAUCUGCGUCCUCUCUGCAAGCGUUUUGGGAUGAAACCAGCUCCAUUACUGAGCUCGACACAUCACUGCAAAAGCCUGAAGUUUCCCCCACCUUUUGUGUGUCGACAGCACAAAAUGAGCCAGUUAAGCCACCGCAAGCUGCUCCUGCUGCUGCUUCCCCUGUUUACCAGUCGACGUCGUUGAGUUUACCAAAGCCUAAAGCCCAUGAGCUCAGUAUCAAGACGUUCUCCAGUCCCACCCAGUGCACCCACUGCACCUCCCUGAUGGUGGGGUUAAUGCGCCAGGGCUACGCCUGCGAUGUGUGUUCCUUCAUCUGCCACGUGUCCUGUAGAGACAAUGCCCCCCUGGUCUGCCCAAUCCCUCCAGAGCAAGCCAAGAGACCCCUGGGGAUCGAUGUGCAGAGAGGCAUAGGCACAGCUUACAAGGGCUACGUCAGGAUCCCGAAGCCCACAGGAGUGAAGAAAGGCUGGCAGCGUGCUUAUGCCGUGGUGUGUGACUGUAAACUCUUUCUGUACGAUGUGCCCGAAGGGAAGUCGACUCAGCCUGGAGUUGUAGCCAGCCAAGUCCUGGAUCUCAGAGAUGAAGAGUUUUCUGUGAGCGCCGUGCUGGCAUCGGAUGUGAUCCAUGCAACUCGAAAGGAUGUGCCGUGUAUAUUCAGGGUGACGUCGUCUCUCCUGAGCUCGCCCCCCAAGACCUGCUCCCUCCUGGUUCUGGCUGAGAGCGAGGCGGAGAAGAGGAAAUGGGUUGGAAUCCUUGAAGGGCUGCAGAACAUCCUAAACAAGAACCAGCUGAGGAACAGGGUGGUGCAUAUUCCACAAGAAGCCUACGAUAGCACACUGCCUGCUAUCAAAGUGACUUUGUCUGCUGCUAUUGUAGACCGCGAGCGAAUCGCACUUGGCACGGAAGAUGGUCUGUAUGUUGUGGAAGUCACAAGAGAUGUGAUCGUGCGAGCUGCUGACUGCAAGAAGGUCCACCAGAUCGAGCUGAUUCCCAAAGAGAAGAUCAUUGUCCUGGUGUGUGGCCGGAGCCACCAUGUCCACCUGCUCCCCUGGGCCGCCCUGGACGGAGGUGACACGAACUUCGACAUCAAGCUCCCGGACACCAAGGGCUGCCAGGCUCUCAUCACGGGCGCCCUGCGGCCCGGCGGGCCCACCUGUCUGCUGGUGGCAAUGAAGAGGCAGGUGCAGUGCUACGAGAUCAGCAGAACCAAACCCCAUCACAGGAAGCUGUGCGAGGUGCAGGCCCCGGGCAGCGUGCAGUGCAUGACCCUGCUGAGAGGGCGGCUGUGUGUGGGCUACCCCUCGGGAUUCUCCCUGCUCAGUGUCCAGGGGGAGGGUCCCACCACCAGCCUGGUGAACCCCGGCGAUGGCUCGCUGGCCUUCCUGGGACAGCAGCCCCUGGACGCUCUGCUUACCGUGGAGGUCGGGCCGGAGGAGAACCUGCUCUGCUUCAGCCAGCUGGGCGUCUACGUGGACCUGCAGGGGAGGAGGUCGCGCACGCAGGAGCUCAUGUGGCCAGCCACGCCUCUGGCUUGCAGCUCCUCCUCCUCCUACCUGACAGUAUACACUGAGUAUGGGCUGGAUGUCUUCGAUGUGAACAGCAUGGAGUGGAUCCAGACCAUUGCUCUCACCAAGAUCCGCCCGCUGAACGUGCCGGGGACUCUCAACCUGCUCGGUUCGGAGCAGCCCAAGCUCAUAUACUUCAGCAGCAGAUAUUCAGAAGCUGCUGACUUUGCUGUGCCGGAAACCUCUGAUAACAGCAAGAAGCAAAUGGUGCGAACCCGGAGCAAGAGGAGGUUUGUGUUCAAGGUGCCAGAGGAGGAGAGGCUGCAGCAGCGCCGGGAGAUGCUGAGAGACCCGGGACUGAGGUCCAAGAUGAUCUCCAACCCAAUAAACUUCAAUCACGUGGCUCACAUGGGGCCAGGCGAUGGGAUGCAAGUGCUCAUGGAUCUCCCAUUGCAGAAUGAAUUUCCUUCCCCCUCAUCCUCUCGACACCAUGCUUUGAUAUCUCCUCCAACCAACUUUGAGCACGUCUAUCACAUGAGCCCUAUUUGUGCUGAAAUCUAUCUCCAGAAAGAUCAUUCCUCACUGCAAGGCCUCCCACUGCUCUCCUCCUCUUCCUCUCCCUCCACCGCUUCCUUAGCAAGGAGCGUGUUGCCACCAUCGCAGGAGGAGCCGUGCAGAGAGAGACCUCGGCCCGUCUCAUCCAGCAUGUCCCACCAGCAUCAACACAGCAGGAGCAAAACCUACAUUACACACACCACUUCGGGAGGGGGUGAAUUCGGCGGUGCCGUGUCCUGCUCAUCCCGAAGCAUCUCCGACCCUGACCAGGAUUUCGAGAAAGAGCCGGACUCAGAUUCAACGAAGCACUCAACCCCUUCCAACAGCUCCAAUCCGAGCAGCCCCCCAAGCCCCAACUCCCUACACAGGAGCCAGCUGACUCUGGAUGGCCUGGAUCACUCCGCCUUCGACGUGUGAGGCAGGAGGGGCCGUCUCUCAGACGCAUCACACUGCCAGCGCUCUGCAGAAACACACGAUGCUUACAAGACAGCAAGCAUCCACACUGCUCCACUUGAACUUGUAUUGCUGCAAGAAAGUGCCAAGAAUACUUAGCAUUUUUAGUUUUUGUCUUUUGUUUAGUUUUGUUUAGUCCAUGUUUUUAGUCCCUGCUUGUAGUAGCUUUCUGUUAGCCUUGGUGCAGUGUCUGUGGAGCAAACGAAUCCAUGCUAGGAGAUUCUUGUAGAGUUGUGGAGCAGCUCUUGACAGCAGAAUCCUAAACGUUGCAUUCAUCAUGGAGGGAGUGAGAAGUUAGUCAUUGCAAUGUUUUUUUUUUCUUGCUGUGAAGAAAAGAACCUGCCAAACUGCUGUAUCUAGUGUUGUGAGCAUUGCAGGAGGUAGAAGCAAAAGCCUUCUACUGCUUAUCUCAUCUUCACACUUGAAACAGACAGUGAUGAGCCAGUCUCUCUCCAAGAUGUUUACUGGAAUCACCUGCAACGCUUGAGCUGCAGUGUAAUUACAGGCUAAAGAAAGACCCGUCCAUUGGGCUGGUUAAUAACAUUACAGGCUAAAGAAAGACCCGUCCAUUGGGCUGGUUAAUAACAUUACAGGCUAAAGAAAGACAGAUCCAUUGGGCUGGUUAAUAACAUUACAGGCUAAAGAAAGACCCGUCCAUUGGGCUGGUUAAUAACAUUACAGGCUAAAGAAAGACCCGUCCAUUGGGCUGGUUAAUAACAUUACAGGCUAAAGAAAGACAGAUCCAUUGGGCUGGUUAAUAACAUUACAGGCUAAAGAAAGACCCGUCCAUUGGGCUGGUUAAUAACAUUACAGGCUAAAGAAAGACAGAUCCAUUGGGCUGGUUAAUAACAUUACAGGCUAAAGAAAGACAGAUCCAUUGGGCUGCUUCGGCUGGUUAAUAACAGGACAUCGUUCCAUUGCCUGUAAAUGCUAAAUUUAUACUUUUCGUUCGAAAGCUGUUUUGACUUGCAGAUUUCAGUUUGGCUAUUGGUCGAUUUCAAGUGUAAUAUAAACAAGUUAAUAAAUGAAUGUCAUUUCAUUCCGAUUUCACUUUUUAAAUGGCAUUGGCGGUGUUACUGUUUAGCAGCAGUUUCAUCGUAAAUAAAGAACACAGAAGUAUAGAACUCGCUGUAUCUCCAGAAAGCAGAUCGUUCAUGAAGUUUCUUACUUCUCUUAAAGGAAAUGGCCCCAGAGCCACGGAACAAAAGUGUUACUUUACAGGAAGUGACCUUCUCUGUAGACCAGUGCUAAUUUCAGAUCCCUGUCAUCAUUCCUAGUAGUUCAGCUUGUCUUUUACAAUGAAAACUAUUAAAAACCCUUUCAUGGCAUUUUUUGGAGUAUUCAGGGUUUAUGCAACACCAGUAGACAUUACUGUGAAUAUACUUUUCAGUAACGUUUUUGUUAACGUUAAUCUUUUUUAAAUGUUUGUUUUGUGGCGAUGCUCUACAGUGUAUAGCAAACACUGCUCCUGGCAAGAUAUAUAAAAAUGCUUUAAAAAGUGAUGAUUUCACAAGACGAUCACAGCACCAUUUUCAUAGCAUUUAUUACAGACGUUGCUUUACAUUUUGUUUAAUUUGCUAAAUAAAAAUUUGCAUGGACCCCCCCCACUACCUUUCUGUCUACAGUGGCGCUGGCUUGUGUAUAUUUAACUCCUGUACACUGUGCAGUGGGACAGUCUUGUCUACACAAUGACGCUGGCUUGUGUAUAUUUAACUCCUGUGCAGUGGGACAGUCUUGUCUACACAGUGACGCUGGCUUGUGUAUAUUUAACUCCUGUGCAGUGGGACAGUCUUGCAUACAGUAACGCUGGCUGGUGUAUAUUUACCUCCUGUUCCUUUUAUUAUACAUUUCAUCAAAAUGUUUGUAAUCAUAUUUUAUUAGACGCUUGUAAUUUAUGGCCAUGGCUGGCAUAUCCAGUUUGUCACACUAACGUCUCUCUUGUGCCAUUUCCAUGCCAGGAUGCGGGCAUGUCUGUGUUUCCUGUCUGAUUUGUCAGGUUGGUCAUUCAGUAAAGUGAUACAAGUCGUGCUUUGUCCAUUCAGAAGCGCUGUAUUGAACCUGCACAUGGUGUUCGUUGAAGGAACCUGUUGCUUUCAUUUCAACUUUCAUGUUAUUUACCCUCUGCAUGCAAGGGUGCUUUUUUUUUUUUUUUUUUUUUUUUUUUUGCCCUUCCUGUUAAUUACAGGAUGCUCCGUUUUGAGUCAAAACACUGCUGCUUUCUUUCCUUUUUGUAUGUAAGUGGAAGUCUUUGUAAUUAUUGAAUUGAGCAGAUUCUGAACAGACAAUAAACAGGGAGUUAUUCAGUUGG